AUGCUGAGCUGGUUUUUGCUUAUCAGAUCAUGGAUUUCAAGGUACUUUCACAAAUUUACGUGGAAGCGGCCCGAGUAUGCGACUCCCUGGAUGUGCGAACUGAAAAGCGCUAUACUGCGGUUGUGCUCGGCGGAACAUUCGAUCGUCUACACAACGGUCACAAAGUGCUCCUUUCACGAGCCGUUAUGGCAGCUUCAGAACGCGUCGUCUGUGGUGUCACGUUUGGCGACAUGCUACAAAGUGCUGCGUUGAUUUUUUUGAAUAUGUUUUUCCUUAUCGGUACCGUAGUCCCGGCAUGCUCCAAAUGGUACCAGUCUGUAGCUCUCGAGAAGAGGAUCCUUUAUUAAAU